AUGGUUCUCAAGGUGUUUCUGGCAGUGAUCCUCUGCUCAGUAGCUCUCGUCUCAGCAGGAGGCAAAAGUCACACCCAUCUUUCCAACCAUCUCGGUUACAAAUAUGGCUACGACAUCCACCAUGAUUACCAUGCGCCUUGGCACGGUUACGCACAUCCUCACGGGUACGGAGGUUUCGGCGAUGACCAUGGUCACGUAGCCUACGGCGGUGCUGAACAGUACGGAGGAUUCGGUGGUGCUGGGGCUGGAGGUCUUGGUGGAGCUGGAUUUGGUGGCGCUGGAGCUGGAGGUCUCGGAGGAGGUGCAUUUGGUGGCGCUGGCGCUGGAGGUCUCGGAGGAGCUGGUUUUGGUGGAGGCUUUGGAGGUUGA